GACAGAAAGUCAACUUAAGUAUCCAUGUACCCUCUUGGAGGCUUCUUUGGCUCUCUGAUGGUGGCUCCUCUGGUUAACAAGCUAGGGAGGAAGGGCACGCUCCUCUUCAACAACGUCUUUUCUAUUGUCCCUGCUAUCAUGAUGGGAGUCAGUGAGAUUGCAAAGUCUUAUGAGAUCAUCAUUGUGGCCAGGUUUAUAGUGGGCAUGUGUGCAGGUCUGUCCUCGAAUGUGGUACCAAUGUACCUGGGUGAACUCGCUCCGAAAAACCUGAGGGGAGCCCUAGGCAUCGUACCACAGCUCUUCAUUACUGUUGGCAUUCUUACUGCACAAGUGCUGGGCAUCAGAAACAUACUGGGCAACAGCACAGGCUGGACCCUCAUGCUCGGUUUGACUGGUAUCCCUGCUGUGAUAGAGCUCCUGCUGCUACCUUUUUUCCCAGAGAGCCCAAGGUACAUGCUCAUCCAGAAGGGAGACGAGGAGAAAGCAAAGAAAGCAUUAAAGCGUCUGCGCGGCUGGGAAGAUGUGGAUGCGGAGAUGACAGAGAUGCGCCUUGAGGACCAGUCUGAGCGGGCAGAGGGUCGCCUGUCUGUGCUCACUUUGCUGUCCCAGCGCUCUCUGCGGUGGCAGCUGGUCUCCAUCAUCGUCAUGAACAUGGGCCAGCAGCUGUCAGGGGUUAAUGCGAUCUACUACUACGCAGAUAGCAUUUAUGGCACUGCAGGAGUCAAUCAGAAUGACAUCCAGUAUGUCACAGUGGGAACGGGUGCAGUGAAUGUUGUCAUGACUGUUGCUGCUGUCUUUAUUGUGGAGUCUUCAGGCAGACGGCUGCUCCUCCUUUUGGGAUUUGGAAUCUGCUGUGGGGCCUGUGUGCUGCUCACUAUCGCCCUCAACUUCCAGGACAGCGUGACGUGGAUGCCCUACGUCAGCAUUGCAUGUGUCAUCAUCUACGUCAUUGGCCAUGCAAUAGGUGCCAGCCCCAUUCCUAACGUGGUGACCACUGAGAUGUUCAGGCAGUCGGCCAGGCCCGCGGCCUUCAUGGUUGCAGGAUGUGUCCACUGGCUUUCCAACUUCACUGUUGGCCUCGUCUUCCCCUUCAUGGAGACAGGCCUUGGCCCCUUCAGCUUCAUCAUUUUUUCUGUUGUCUGUCUGAUCACACUGGUCUACAUCUUGCUGGUGGUGCCAGAAACCAAGAACAAGACCUUCCUUGAGGUCUCCCAGAUGUUCGCUAAGAGGAACAAAACAGAGAUCAAACUGGGUGACGGCGACUUACCACUGAAAGACAGCAAAGAAAGCCCAGAGGAUGCAGAAAAGGUCACGGCUUUCUGAGGAAAAAUGAGAGCAUUGAAAGGAGAGGAAGUCUUCACGGCAGGGUGGGGUGAGGAAAGUAAAGGACUUCAGUGUUUUAAUUUCGAUUCUCCUCUUUAUCGUAUAAGGAAUUUUGAUAAUCUGUUUGUGUAGUUUGUGGCAACAUAUCUGUGAACUUUCCAGUGCCAGCUAAAAAUACUGAGCUGACGUCACAUCAUUCAGCUGUAGAGGUGUGAAUUAUGUGUAUGAGUCAUUAAACAGACCAGCAAGUC